AUGUACAACUUUAAAUACUUUAAAAUAUUAGUUAUUCUUAUAGUAGUAUUUAUUUUAUUUAAAACGCUCAAACUAUAUCCUUUUAAUAAUAGUGUUAAUAAAGAGGAAAAUGAGGGUAAUAAUGUACAUGAUCUUGUAAAAAUAACUGUAUACUAUGAAGCUUUAUGCCCAGACUCAAAAUUCUUUAUUCUACAUCAACUUGUACCUGUUUAUAAGAAUCUUCUCACAUCUAUGAUUCUUGAUUUAGUGCCCUAUGGAAAAGCUGAGACCUUUGAAGAAGACGGUGACUAUAAAUUUAGAUGCCAACAUGAUGCUGUUGAAUGCUAUGCCAACAAAAUACACUCGUGUGUUAUUAACAAGAUUAAAGAACCGUACACACAAUUACAAUACAUUGCUUGUAUGAUAGACGAUAAUAUAAGGCCUGAUGAAGUUGGACAAAGGUGUGGCAACGAGUUAAACAUUCCGUUCGAACCAAUUAAAAACUGCGCCAAAUCCAAGGAAGGUUCUUUACUAUUAAAAAGUAAUGGUGUACGUACACACUCUCUAAGCCCUGCUGUGAAAUUUAUUCCAACCAUCGAGUUAAACGAAAGCCAAAACAUUGUACCUCAAAGUCAUAUAUUAAAGGACCUAAUAAAGGCUGUAUGUCAACUAUUAAAGGACAAACCUAAUAAAUGUUCAGAUUAA